AUGGCUUCCGAAGUCUACAUAUUUGGGAGCUGGCAAGGCCCCCGGAAACAGGAUUUGAGGUUGUUUUGGUCCGGAAUUCACCCUGCACCAAAUGUCUCCGGCAGACUUUCUCAAUCCCAUCUUGAAGCUAUCAACAUGCAAGAUCCCCAGGGAUCGACGUCAGGGGCAAGGUGCGGCUCAAAAAACAAGCUUAUCGUCCUUAGUGUUUGCUGGUCGCCUGUCACUCCACUCCAACUCCGCAUUCCAACCAACAGCGCGUGCCUGGGGGGCAGCCUUCCCAUGUCACCUGCCUCUAUAAUUCUCGAUGCAAUGCAGCCGGCGUCAUCCCAUAGGCAUUUCCAAAUUGAGCAGUCUGCCUUUGCAGCAACAGAUUUUCGAACGUUUCGUGAUGCCAACUGGCUAAAUAAUGCAAAACUCGAAAUGCCUCAAUUAACACGAACCAACUCUGAGCGUAGGGGAAUGGAGUAG